GUCUGCUAUUCAGGUCUUCAGCCAGGGACGCAUGACUCUGUGGGUCCCUUUCACAGGCGUAGUGGGACGGGGGUGGCAUUAUCUCUCAGGCGUGCUCAUGUGGUGCGCUGUGAUCUCAAUUUUAUACGUUUUCAUUAUGGGACAACUUCUUCAUAAUUCUGUUUGCCUGUAAAAGUAUAUUGGCCAACUUUGGUUAUUAACCGUUAUUUCCUUAAGCAGUUUCUAUCUGUGAAUUCUUCUAACCACAUUGGACUGCUGUUGAUUGGGCCUUAUCUAGGGCCUUUUGUGUGCUGUGGUCCAUUCAGAAACAUUUCUGGUAUUUGCAUUUUCUUUAGCAUGUGCUGGCACUCAAUCAUACAAUACUAAAUUUGUGAUCUCUUUUUUUCCCGUAACAGAUGCAGCAGCUUUUUUAUGAGAAUUAUGAACAGAACAAAAAGGGGUACAUUAGAGAUCUCCAUAACAGUAAAAUUCACCAAGCUAUCACAUUACACCCCAACAAAAACCCACCCUACCAGUACAGGCUCCACAGCUACAUGCUGAGCCGCAAAAUAGCCGAGCUCCGCCAUCGCACAAUACAGCUGCACCGCGAAAUUGUCCUGAUGAGCAAGUACAGCAACACAGAGAUUCAUAAAGAGGACCUCCAGCUGGGAAUCCCUCCUUCCUUCAUGAGGUUUCAGCCCCGCCAGCGAGAGGAGAUUCUGGAAUGGGAGUUUCUGACUGGAAAAUACUUGUAUUCGGCAGUUGACGGCCAGCCCCCUCGAAGAGGCAUGGACUCCGCUCAGAGGGAAGCCUUGGACGACAUUGUCAUGCAGGUCAUGGAGAUGAUCAAUGCCAACGCCAAGACCAGAGGGCGCAUCAUUGACUUCAAGGAGAUCCAGUACGGCUACCGCCGGGUGAACCCCAUGUACGGGGCUGAGUACAUCCUGGACCUGCUGCUUCUGUACAAAAAGCACAAAGGGAAGAAAAUGACGGUCCCUGUGAGGAGGCACGCGUAUUUACAGCAGACUUUCAGCAAGAUCCAGUUUGUGGAGCACGAGGAGCUGGAUGCACAGGAGUUGGCAAAGAGAAUCAAUCAGGAAUCGGGAUCCUUGUCCUUUCUCUCAAACUCCCUGAAGAAGCUUGUCCCCUUUCAGCUCCCUGGGUCCAAGAGUGAGCACAAAGAACCCAAAGAUAAAAAGAUAAACAUACUGAUUCCUCUGUCUGGGCGUUUCGACAUGUUUGUGAGAUUUAUGGGAAACUUUGAGAAGACGUGUCUUAUCCCCAAUCAGAACGUCAAGCUGGUGGUUCUGCUUUUCAAUUCUGACUCCAACCCUGACAAGGCCAAACAAGUUGAACUGAUGAGAGAUUACCGCAUUAAGUACCCUAAAGCCGACAUGCAGAUUUUGCCUGUGUCUGGGGAGUUUUCAAGAGCUCUGGCCCUGGAAGUAGGAUCUUCCCAGUUUAACAAUGAAUCUUUGCUCUUCUUCUGCGACGUCGACCUCGUGUUUACUACAGAAUUCCUUCAGCGAUGUCGAGCAAAUACAGUUCUGGGCCAACAAAUCUAUUUUCCAAUCAUCUUCAGCCAGUAUGACCCAAAGAUCGUUUAUAGUGGGAAAGUUCCCAGUGACAACCAUUUUGCCUUUACUCAGAAAACUGGCUUCUGGAGAAACUAUGGGUUUGGCAUCACGUGUAUUUAUAAGGGAGAUCUUGUCCGAGUGGGCGGCUUUGAUGUUUCCAUCCAAGGCUGGGGGCUGGAGGAUGUGGACCUUUUCAACAAGGUUGUCCAGGCAGGUUUGAAGACGUUUAGGAGCCAAGAAGUAGGAGUAGUCCACGUCCACCAUCCUGUCUUUUGUGAUCCCAAUCUCGACCCCAAACAGUACAAAAUGUGCUUGGGGUCCAAAGCAUCGACCUAUGGGUCCACACAGCAGCUGGCUGAGAUGUGGCUAGAAAAAAAUGAUCCAAGUUACAGUAAAAGCAGCAAUAAUAAUGGCUCAGUGAGGACGGCCUAAUGUCCAGCUUUGCUGGAAAAGACAUUUUUAAUUAUCUAAUUUAUUUUUCAAAAAUCUUUUGUAUGAUCAGUUUUUGAAGUCCGUAUACAAGGAUAUAUUUUACAAGUGGUUUUCUUACAUAGGACUCCUUUAAGAUUGAGCUUUUGAACAAGAAUGUGAUCAAUGUUUGCCUUUGAACACAUCUUCUUGCUGAACAUUAUGUAGCAGACCUGCUUAACUUUGACUUGAAAUGUACCUGAUGAACAAAACUUUUUUAAAAAAAUGUUUUCUUUUGAGACCCUUUGCUCCAGUCCUAUGGCAGAAAACAUGAACAUUCCUGCAAAGUAUUAUUGUAACAAAACACUGUAAAUCUGGUAAAUGUUCUGUUGUGAUUGUUAACAUUCCACAGAUUCUA